GCCGCCUCCAGGCUGCCAGAGAAGAAGAAGUUACGGAAGUGGCGCUUCCAAACAGAUUCCCGUUGGAAGAGAACCACCGCAGAUCUUCUUCCUCCAUUAAACCAUCGCACCUCGGCCUGACCGUGUCUCCGCAGGACGAUGGGAACUAGAGAUGACGAGUAUGAUUAUUUGUUCAAAGUUGUCCUCAUCGGUGACUCUGGCGUUGGGAAGAGUAACCUGCUGUCCCGCUUCACCCGGAAUGAGUUCAACCUGGAGAGUAAGAGCACCAUCGGAGUGGAGUUCGCCACGCGCAGCAUCCAAGUGGACGGCAAGACGGUGAAGGCCCAGAUCUGGGACACGGCUGGACAGGAGCGCUACCGGGCCAUCACAUCAGCGUACUACCGCGGGGCGGUGGGGGCGCUCCUGGUCUACGACAUCGCCAAGCAUCUAACCUACGAGAACGUGGAGCGCUGGCUGAAGGAGCUGAGAGAUCACGCCGACAGCAACAUCGUCAUCAUGCUGGUGGGAAACAAGAGCGACCUGCGCCACCUCCGGGCUGUUCCCACCGACGAGGCCCGAGCUUUCGCUGAGAAGAACGGGUUGUCCUUCCUGGAGACGUCGGCUCUGGACUCCACCAACGUCGAGACGGCCUUCCAGACCAUUCUGACAGAGAUCUACCGUAUCGUGUCUCAGAAGCAGAUGUCCGAGCGCCAGGAGAGCGACAUGUCCCCGAGUAACAACGUGGUCAACAUCCAGGUGCAGCCCACUGAGAACAAACCAAAGAUGCAGUGCUGUCAGAACAUCUAGCCCGGCCGCGGUAGCCUGCUGCUACCCCCUCCCUCCCUCCCUCCCACCCCCUCCCUCCCCUACCCAGCUCCUGGCUCACCCCCACCCCCUCAGAAAAUAGACUGCCUUGGCGCACCGUGAGUUGUGGAGUUCAGGUCACGGCCUCGUAGCUGUGGCUCGUCCCUCCCGCUCUGCACCUGCCCCCACCUCCCCUCCCCUGCCCUAGGUGAAUAUAUCCCAGUAUAAGAAGAAGUAACCGCGUGGGGUGGCCCCCCCAAACCCUCUGUCUUUAGGUUUCUGCAGGACAGCAGGCAGCAAGCAUUUCAUAUCACUUUAGAUUUCAUUACUGUAGAUGCGCUGACAUGUCACAAAAUGUCUUAAUAUAUGAAUGUGAUUAGUUUCCUUUCUGCUCCUGUUGAUUUCUCCACUUUGUUCUUUCUCUGUCUUGUAUCAUAUCUAAUAUUAGGUAUAUAUGACUUUAAAGCACAUCAGAGUUGCUCUUCAGUGUUUCCCUAUAUACAAGCUUCUCCUCUGUCAUUUUAGCCCCCUCUUUAGUGCAAUGUACUGUUUUGGAAACUCGUGGAUGUAUCGGGCACAGUGUAGACAUGUGCUCUGGUAGUAACAUGGAUCUGAUUGCUGUGAAUAUGACGCUAGUGAAACGUAGAAUCUUUUGCAUUUGUCGAGCUUCGGUUUGCGCAGCGGGAGGUCGGACGGGAGCUCGCAUGCGGCGCACAGACUCGCCAGACGUCGUGGUUGCUGUGUUUCCAGCCGUCGGUCUUUCAAAGCUGGCGCUCUGCUGCGCUGCAUGUUUUUAUAAAGCUAAAGAUCUGAACACGGUCCCUGUACGUUGGGAUGUUCCUGUCGUCCUCCUGUCAGUCUCCGUGUGGAAGGACGUUCUGAUUGAAGACACUCGACCGUCAGGCUUUCCUGCCCCAACAGAAGAGUAUGCAUUCUUUUUCACAUGUUUGACUACAACUAUGCAGAAACUAGCACAUGGAUGUUUGGAUCUUUCCCCCUUAGCGCACUUCUUUAGCAAAUGAAGGAAAAAAAACAGCUGAAGUAUUCUCGUUUGACAUUCCUAUGAUACUCAAUAACACUAUAAUCAAACAUCUCCAGUAGUUUAGUUCUGCUUUGCAUGUAACCACAGAAGUGUAGUUGGGACGCACUGAGAACGUAGGAACCGGUGAAUGUCACUCGCUAGGUUGGACUUCAUGAGCGUAAAAUUGUCAAGAUCUUGCACUGAACCUUAAUAGUUGAUCUAGUAAACACGCGUCCCUGUCUAGGAUUAGAUUUGACUGCACGGGGAGAAUCUGGACCUCUGUAGGAGCCACUGUUCACAACCAAAAUGUUCUUUAGUUCUGAUGAACUCGGGCUGAGUCUCCAGAGUCUUUCCUGAAGUCUUCAUACGAAGGAAUUGAGAAAAGACUUGAGACUGAGCCACAUUCUCACAAGCGUCUGGUCUCAGUGCCUCCUUCACCGCACGUACCUGUCCGAGGACGCCUCUCAUUCCCCCGCAAACACCUCACCGUCAUCCUGCCUCGUCCCUGACCAGUGACCGUGUCGUCCCUGUCACAUAAAGCCUACAUACACCGAGCUGCCUCUGACUUCAACACAAUGCAUGGCUUUCUGUAUGACUGCAACUCCCAUGUUGCGUCGCCUUAUGUAUCUAACAUUGUCAUUACUGUCCAUGAAAUCUGCUGCGGGUUUGGCUUGGCUGGCGAGGGGGGGGCGCGCUCAACCCGCCGAUAGUCGUUCCACCCGCCGCGCUCACGACCUUCUCGUCAAAACUCUCCCGGGAGCGUGCUCUGUUGAAUUCCAGGUUGUAGCCGUGUCAGUGUGUGAUGGUGUUAGCAGACCAUGCCUGAGCGUGUGUGGAGGCAGAGGGUAGACGGCAGCUCUGGAGUGUGUGAGCCGGGCUGGCAGUGCCAAUGGCGUUUCCUGGAACAGACGGUGCCGCCGGCCGAGCCUCUCCAGACUCCAGCUGGUGCAUCUGUGGACAAAGUGAUUCCUUUCUUCUGAGAACAUGAUUUCUGAUCCUGUUUCACGUACCUCCAUUGUUCCGUGUUUUUUUUAAGAAAUGUGUUUUGAUUAUUAUUUUCUUUUUUUUUUACUAUAUUCUAUAACUGACUGUAAUUCCAGUGUAAACAUGUAAGAGUGAAAUGACGUCAUUUCAAUGAAUCUGGAAGGUUAAAUGUGAGGGGGGUCAAAAGGAAUGGUUUUAUGUUUUGUACAGAUUGAUAAAUUGUACAAUUGUGUCUAUAUCUUAAGUUAUCAGUUCAUCUUAAUAAAGCGCACCAGUCAUAAACCUUUA